GUUAGUCGUGAAGGAUUGAAUUCGUUCGACGUGUUCGUGUUGAAUAAUUAUUACCAAAAUAAAAAAAAAUCCACUAAAGGAAAUUUCAAAUACAGCAUAAAUCUCAAAUUACAAAAUGUACACUAAAUUUUCACUAGUUGCAAUACUUGUUUGCUUCUUUUUACAACUUAGCGGUGCAGAUUUUCCCAAUGACCCGAAGCCAUGUAAGUAUGGAGAUGGCGAUUGUUUAGUAAAAGUCAUAAACUUUUAUUUGCAUGAGAAGAAACAAGGAGAUCCAUCGAUAGGUCUCUUGAGUAUUGAUCCCUUAGACGCCGGCACAUUCACUGUUAAACAAGGCGGUGAUAGUCCGGUUAAUCUUGAACUAACAUUUACUAAUAAUAAACUCUUCGGUUUUGGUGAUGCUUCGGCGUACAAAGCAAGAGGAUUCGGCAAAGAUUUAACCAAGAAACAUGAAUUACGUUUCAAAAUACCCGCAUCUACUUUGACCGGCGAUUAUAAAAUCGAGGGACAAGUGCUGGUAUUACCUAUAAGCGGUUCGGGUAAAAACAAUCUAACACUAAUUGACAACGAUAUGAUACUUCAAUGGGUGGGCGUGCCGGUAGAGAAGGAUGGAGCUACCUAUAUGAAAACAGAUAAAAUGAGAGUCACUCUAAAGCCCAAUAAAUUUAAGUUUAAUUUAGAUAAUUUGUUUAACGGUGACAAAGUUUUGAGUGAUAAUAUGAAUUUGUUCUUAAAUGAAAAUGCAAAAGAAAUCUACCAAGAAAUUGGUGGAACUUAUUCAAAAGAAUUGGCCAAAAUAAUGUCAAACAUUAUUGAUAAAGUCUUCUCCAAAACACCUUAUAAUAAAUUGUUUGUAGAAUAUGGCUCAGUUGUGUGGAGACCACACUAUGAAUUAGAAUCUCCCUCAGAACAAAGAAUCCUUCAACAUAAAAUGUUUACUAUGUACGGAGUUGUUGCAAUAUUUGUUUGCUCCUUUUUACAAUAUAGCGGUGCAGAUUUUCCCGAUGAUCCGAAGCCAUGUAAGUUUGGAGAUGAAGAUUGUUUACUAAAAGCGAUCAAUUUUUAUUUACAUGAAAAGAAUCAAGGAGAUGCAUCGAUAAAUCUCCUAAAAAUUGAUCCCAUAGAUGCUGGCACAUUUACACUCAAACAGGGUGCUGAUAAUCCGGUUAAUAUUGAUUUAACAUUCUCUAAUAAUAAAAUUACUGGUGUUGGCGAUGCUUCGGCGUAUAAAGUUAGAGGUUUUGGCAAGGAUUUAACCAAGAAACAUGAAUUACGUUUCAAAAUACCCGCAUCUACUUUGACCGGCGAUUAUAAAAUCGAGGGACAAGUGCUGGUAUUACCUAUAAGCGGUUCGGGUAAAAACAACAUCACAAUGGUUGACGCCGAUUUCGUACUUCAAUGGGUUGGUGUGCCGUUGGAGAAGGAUGGUGCUACCUAUAUGAAAACCGAUAAAUUCAGAGUCAUGAUAAAGCCCAGUAAAGUGCUUUUCAAUUUUGAAAAUUUAUUCAAUGGCGACAAAGCAUUGGGUGAUAAUAUGAAUUUGUUCUUAAAUGAAAAUUGGAAGGAAAUCUUUCAAGAAGUCGAUGUAUCAUUCUCAAAAGAAAUGGGCAAAUUAAUGUCGGGCAUUAUUGAUGGAGUUUUCUCUAAAAUACCAUAUGAUAAAUUGUUUGUACAAUAAAUGUAAGUUCAAUAAAAUCACUCGUAUUAUUGCGAAAUGUAUAACGGCA